AUUCUCCUGCCGACUUCCUCGUCAUACAUAUCUCUAACGUGCAUCUUCCUGCAGCGGGCCCCUGCUAGCGAUGUUACAGCCGAUGGUAAGCUACGGAGGAUAGAUGCAGUUUGUCCCCCAUAUCGACCACAAACCAUGGGCGUGCUACCCGACGGAAGGAACAUGACUAGAGCUGAAUACAGGAACGUCUCGCCUGUUCAGCAUGGGACCAGCUGGCCGUAGAGAUAGCCAUCACGACCAGACAGGUGCGGACACCCACUACUGGCAAGCUCUGUGAUGUGCAGCGAGGCACACCAACCAUGGGAUCCGCCUUCCUCAGCAUGCGCGGGGGACGAGGAGAGCUACCUUCAGCUCCGGAGCUUUUCGUCUAAUCAGAGCUGUUCCAUGUCAUGAACAAUCGGUAGGUUACAAUGGCAUUGAAGCUGGCAUUGGCUCAAGCCGCGAGCUACAAAACCCAGCUGCAUUCCUGAGGGCAGAGCUGGAGCAUUUUCAGCUUCAGGUGGACUCAGCCAAAAACAACAUUACCCGUGGAGUAUUUUUGUCCUACUGUCCGUCUGCUCAAAGUUGCUUUCUCUCUUGCUUCUCGUUUCCUCCUCUUGAAGGAGCACCGAUAGCAGUAAUAGCAGCAGCGAUCAUCAAGAUGGCUUGGCUGUUGUCCACCACGGCCGUGUUGUUGUCCUGUGCCAGUCAAUUCGGCAUCUCGUUUGCCCAGUUCGUCACGCCGCCCAAGAACCUAACCAGCAAACAAGGCUACGCCAACAUCACGGUCCGCUACAAGUCGGUCCCCGCGGGGAUCUGCGAGCAAGACCCGGAUGUGAAGAGCUUCUCCGGGUACGCGGACGUAGCUCCGGGCCAACAUAUCUUCUGGUGGUUCUUCGAGGCUCGAAACGUCGACCCUACCACGGCUCCAUUGACCAUCUGGAUCAAUGGCGGACCAGGCUCAUCCUCGAUGAUCGGACUCUUUCAGGAGUUGGGACCAUGUCGAGUCGAUGAGAACGGCACGGCCGUGGACAAUCCAUACUCCUGGUCCAAUGUGACCAACAUGAUCUUCAUCGACCAACCGACACAGGUUGGCCACAGCUACUCGACACCCGUGCCGGCUUACAUCGAUCCGAAUUCCGGGUUGCUCGUCGAACUGCCCAACAACACCUGUCCAGACUACGCCAGCGACUGGGACUGCGGUACGUACUCGUACUUCAACGAGUCCCUGACCGCCAACAGCACGCCGAACGCGGCACCAAACAUGUGGAGGACUCUGCAAGGGUUCAUGGGAGCGUUUCCCCAGUAUGCCCGCCACGACGUGUUUUUCACGACCGAGUCGUACGGUGGCCAUUAUGCGCCUCUGUUUUCCGAGUACUUUCUGCAGCAGAACUCGAAACAGAUACAAGGUGCUCACAACAUUUCGCUCGUUGGCGCCAUGAUCGGAAAUGGCUGGUACGAUCCGUUGAUCCAGUAUCAAGCGUACUACAACUUUACGGUUUCGCCGGGCAACACGUACGGAUAUGAUCCACUCAAUCAAUCUGUGAAAGACCAAUACUACACCAACAUGUACGGUCCCGGAAACUGCUACGACCAAACCGUCGACUGCAACACGCGCAAACUCGACACAAUCUGCAGCCUAGCAGACACCUUCUGCGCGCAACAAGUCGAAAACCUCUACGACAUCUACCUCCAACGCGACGAAUACGAUUUCCGCUACUUGACACCCAACCCAUUCCCGCAAUCCUAUUACGUCGACUACCUGAACACCGAAGCGGUCCAAACCGCAAUCGGCGCCUACGUCAACUACACCGAAUCCAGCAACACCGUGGGCUCGGCAUUCGGAGCCACAGGCGACGACGACCGCGAAAUCGGGACUGUCGAAGCCGUGCGCAAUCUUGUGGCGAACCGCAACGUUUCUGUCACAAUGUAUUUCGGCGACGCAGACUAUAACUGCAACUGGCUGGGUGGGCAAGUGGUCGCCGACCACGUCAAUGCGAGUGGUUACGCUGAUGCGGGUUUUGUGAAUAUUUCGACGUCGGAUAACGUUGUGCACGGGCAGGUAAGGCAGAGUGGGAACUUUGCUUUCGUCAGAAUCUAUGAGUCCGGCCAUCUCGUGCCUUUUUUUCAACCUCUGGUCGCGCUGGAGAUGUUGGAUCGCGUUAUACAUGGGAAGGAUAUUGCGACGGGUAAUACGGCCGUGACGAAGGGGUAUGUUACAAAGGGACCAAAGGUUUCGAGUUUCAAGGAGGGCAAUGCCACGGUGCAGUUUACCGUGACGCCGCCGGGGAGUAUUUAUAAUACGACGACGAAUUUGCCGCAGAAUGGGACAGACCAACAGUCGCCUCCGGCGAAGGAGAAACGAGGUAAGUAUACGAAGAGAUCAAUGGGCCCGUAUAGGCCGAGACAAUAUAGAAAGAGGAUGAUGGAUAUGUUGGAUCAACAGCAGAGACGACGACCUGGUCGGGCUGUUGGGUGGGAAUGACUGAAUGACACUCGACUCGACUGUUGACACCGCCGAGGCCGAUGGGAACAAACGAACGGACGAACGAAGGUAAUGCUUUUUUCAUUAUAUGCUUAGGUAUGAUGUUUAUGCUUAAUGGCUGUUGCAAAGCAUAUCAUCAGUACGUCAGAGAUGCCAAUACUAGUACCUAGUAAUCAUUGUUGGUAAUGCAGUCCUCUGAGAUAUCAUAUAUCACAUCCCAAUUCCUAUUGUAAUAAAAGCUCCCCG